GCUCGCGCGGAGAGUGAGGAACGCACGCGAGGCGAGGACUCUUUUACUUACUGCAAUACAAACAAAGAGUCUCUGGAGGCAUUUUUCUCAAGGCAGCAGUGCGUUGACAAAAUCUCACAAAAUCGGGGCAUGAGCUGGGGCAUGAGAGAAGGCUCAGGAGGCAAAGUCACCGCUCACUGGCUCGUUUUCCUUCUUGCUGCUGCUUCCCGUGGCCAAAGGGCGAUGCUGGCUUCUUAACGCUUGGCUGUCUGCGAGUGAUUACGCUUCUCUUUCUACCUCUACCUCUACCCCCUCCCUCCCUCCCUCGUGUGGUCGUAUGUGUGUCUGACUGACUGACUGAGAUGGUCGUCAGCUGCAUGACGCUAAUUGAGACUUUCUGUGUGAGGGGCUUUUCCUUGUCGUGUGCAUAUGUCAACGGCCCGACCGCUGAUUGAAUAGUCGGGCAGGCUGGCGUGUUGGAAUGCUCACCGACGAUAAGCCUCCAAGGUACACGCACACACACACACACACACGGAGUGCAGCAGACACACAGACACACUCAUAUAUCUCUUUGUCAUAAUGUGUGGCUCGUGUGUGUGUGUGUAUGUGAUGGCUUCGUUCAGUUCCCCUCUGCAGUAUCCAUGGCCGUUCGAAGCAUCGUCUCACAUCCUUGUCAACAAGAAGGUCUCAUCCACAUCAACAUCCCGACCUGCGCCACUCCCACCACUCCCACCACCCGCCAUCUCUGACAAGCAACACCCGCAACACCACCAACAACAACAGCAGCAGCAGCAGCACUUGGCUGACCGACCUGAAGACUCCCCGCCCCCUCUGCAAGAGCAGACACCCAGCAGCCCCAUCCAACCGUCGUGCGACGACAAGCCCCAGCCAAAGGCGGCGGCAAAAGCAGAGCCACGUGCUGAAGAGUUCAGCCCCAUCCCGAUUGCCCUGCCAGCGCGGGCGUACCUCAACGACCGGAGCGACGGUGCGCAUCCGUCGCCCAUCCUGACGAUCCAACGGCCGCCGAUCUUCAACCCCAAGGGUCCGCUGCCGACAUUGGACGACAUGAGGAGCGACUGUGUGGACAACAGCAGCAAGGGGGAGGGGGUGGGCAUCGACGAUAUCAAGGACACUGAGAGCGACUGGGGGGUACUCGAGAGGGACGACAGCGAAUUCGACGAAGAGGGUGAGUGAGAGAAUGAAUGACAAAGAAAUGUCUGCCUUGAGUGGCGGGCAGGAUCCAUGUCUGUGUGUAUGCGUGUGGGCGUGUCUGUGUGGCUCACUCGUGUCUGCAGGCAGUGCUCGAUUUGGGUUUGGUUUCGACGACGAUGUGCCGGAUGGGAGCGGCAGCGAGAGGAGCAUUUGCCUGCCGAUGGAAGAAGUCUGGCUGCCACACUGGCGCAAAGACGUACGCCGAUGGAGCAACGACACCAUACACACACACAUCCAUCCAUCCACAAAUCAUUCAUCUGUCAUUCAUUCUGUCUUUCGUUCGUCCCAGGAGCUGCACAAGGCUGUGGAGCUGUCCUUCAUGCUGCCCAGUUUGGACCUCCCCAUCCCCACCCCCCGCCGACCACGCAAACUCACAGCUCGCGACCGCUCCCUCUCCGUGCCCAACAUCCCCGUCCCCGACUCGCCCGACCCACCCGCCCGCUUCCUCGCCGAGCAGGAUGGGCAGACAGACCCCCUCUUCUCACAUGCCCUCGAUAUCGCCGUCGACAUGAAUCUCGAGGCGGGGUGCGCCCUCGGUGCUGAGGAGGAGAGAGAGGGCUCGGCGAGCACCGUGGAUUUGAAGGCGGUGGAGGGCACGUCGAGCACUGGGCGGACCACGACGGCCGACGGCAGCGGGGGCAGCCCCAGCGGGUUCCACCUGACCCCGCUGCACCAUGGGCAGAAGGAGGGCGGCGAGAAGAUCCCUGUCAUGCCCGACCUCUGGGGAUGGCUCAAGGGCGAUCCCAACCACCACAAUCAGGUGGACCACUCCCACGCCAUCCGUCAGCACAAGCACCACCAGCCCGUCGUCUGCCCCUCGCCCAUCUCGCCAAUCUCCCGGCCCUUCACCAGCAUCUUCCGCGACUGCGAGAUGACCAAGCGCCACGACGCCAAGGAGUUCCUCCCGCCAGACCUGAGGCGGCCGGGCAUCCCCAUCAUGCCGGGGCAAUUCGAGAUCGUCCCCGGCCGCGGCGAGAGAGAGACCAGGAGCAGGGAGCAGAGCGAAGACGGCAGGAGCAGUGGCCAGGUGCGCACCUAUCGCUUCGUGUCCAAUCCGCGGGCCAAGAUCGCUAUGCGACAAAGGGGGCGGGGGAGAGGGAAGAUGGGCGUCAAGCGCAUGGGCGCGGUGCUCGCCAAGGCUGCAGCGCCACCAACCACCAUCCCACCCGCACCCACGCCGCCCGGUGAGUAACUGAGUGAGUGAGUGAGUCAACAGAGGGUGUGGUACACUGUACAUUUAUUUGUCUGUGUCUGUCAUGUGUGUGUAGACGUGCGUGGUGCGGCUGGGUUCAAGCCCUCUCAGCUGCUGCGGCCCCCUUUGGCCAUCCAGCACGCCGACCUGCUGCACGCGUCCUUCACGCAGAAGCUGCAGCAGCAGGCCAAGCGGAUGAGUGUCGCCCCCGCGGUGCUGCCCAAGAAGACCACCUCGUCCAGCGUCUCCUCGCCAUGCCCCUCGGAGAGCAGCUUCAGCUUCGUCCCCUUCCGCGUGACGACACCAGCUAGUCGUGGCAGCAGCAGCAAGCCAUCCAGCAGUGAGUCGCUCCCCCUUCUGCUGUCUGUGCGCACAGGCCUGGUCCACCGCGUGCUGCACGAGGGUGCGGGGCGGGGCAGUGGGCGGCCGGGUGAUGCGGCGGCUGGGGGGCUGAAGCCCGCUUACAAGAGCCAGCGGAGCGUUACGAGCGAGAGGGGUGAGCGGCCGAGCUCGCGGCCCAGCUCUGAUGAGGAUCUGAGGGCGAUAAUGGGGCCGUUCCCCAUUGCCCUUCACGGGGGGCCGAAGAAGCCCAAGGAAGGCGCCGUGAGCACAAAAAGGCGCGCUGAAUGACUACUGGUGGGAGAGGGGGA